CACACCCACGUGUUGGCUGCAGCUUCCGGUUGAUAGGGUGCUGCCUCUGAGCUCGAGCGCUCGCGGACAGUUCACGUGGACUCGGAUCAUUGUCAGACUCACAGAAACACUGCCGCCAUGUCGUCUGCAGACGGUGUCAGCCCUUCUUACACCACCCUCUCCAUCAGCCACCCGGCGGAGUUCAUCACUCAUGUGGAGCUUCACCGUCCGGAGAAACUCAACUCCAUGAACAGAGCGUUCUGGAGUGAGAUGGUGGAUUGCUUUAAUGAGAUCGCCAUGAACUCAGACUGCAGAGUGGUCGUGCUUUCUGGAGCCGGAAAGUUCUUCACAGCUGGUAUCGACCUGACUGACGUGGCCAGCGAUGUGCUCAGUCCAGAGGGCGACGACGCGGCCAGAAUUUCUUGGAACAUCAGAAAAAAACUCUUCAAGUUUCAGGAGGCGUUCUCCGUCAUCGAGAGGUGUCCGAAGCCUGUUGUGGUGGCCAUCCAUGGAGCGUGUAUCGGGGGAGGCGUUGACCUGAUCUCAGCCUGUGACAUUCGGAUGUGUACGCAGGACGCCUGGUUCCAGGUGAAGGAGGUCGAUAUCGGACUUGCAGCAGAUGUUGGAACUCUCCAGAGACUUCCUAAAGUCAUCGGCAGCCGCAGCCUCGUGAACGAGUUGGCUCUGACAGCGAGGAAGAUGUUUGCAGAUGAAGCCAAGAGCAGCGGACUGGUCAGCCGAGUGUUUGCAGAUAAGGAGGCCAUGAUGGCCGGAGCUCUGGAGAUGGCCGGGGAGAUCGCUGCUCGCAGCCCUGUAGCUGUGCAGGGCACCAAAAUCAACCUCAUCUACUCCAGAGACCACAGCGUGACGGAGGGACUGGACUACAUGGCUACCUGGAACAUGAGCAUGCUUCAGACUCAAGAUGUGAUGAAGUCCGCUCAGGCCGCCAUGGAGAAGAAGAGUCCUAAGAGCGUAGUCUUCUCCAAGUUUUAAACUAAACUAACCCAAAAAUCUGUAACCGCUUGAAACCAAUACCAAAAAUGAUGAUCCUUCCAAACUGAACUCAGCUUUCCACGUGCAGUCAGUAACUUUCUCCUGGUGACCUCUGACAGACUGAGUAAUCUAAAAACUGUAACACAAAACUAACAGUUUGAUUUGAUACUAACCUGAAACUGUCUCAUUCACCAACAUCGUCCUCUUAAAUUUGUCCUUGAGAAAGACUCAAAGCCUCAGUCAGAUUCAUCAAAGUCUUCCUAAAACUGCUCGUACUUCUCUUCUUAUAACGUUUCCCAUCGUCCUCGUUAGUUGAAAGAGCGCGCCGGUUGUUUCUAAUUACCAAAAGUGAGUCUGCAGGCCGGUGUGCGCACAAAUCAGACAUACCUCAAUAAUGAUAAAGACAGUGGACUUGAAACUUGAACCAAACAUAAAUACUUCAGUAGUUCUGAUAUUAAAGUCCUGCUGCAGGACGUGAGCAGACAAAGAGCGGUUAUGUUUUAUUCCAGGGGACAGUACAUUUUAUCUCAGAGCUGUAAAACUGGAACAUGUGACCAGUGAAGUGUUUUUAUGAAUAAGUGAUGUUUCCUGUGCUCAGUUUGUAUUCAGACAAUUCAAAUUUACACAUUUUUAUAAUCUAUUAAAAUCUGAACUCCACUGUCCUGUUCAACUGCCCCACCACUCAUCUCAGAUGUCGACACAGAAAGCUUCAACACAUCUCAAGACACUUGAAUUAAUACACCAAAAGAAAAAUACAGAAUUUCAGUGUUUAUGUUUAUUUAUUUUUAAGACUGUAAUUUUAAAAAACAUAAAUGACAAAAUUUCUGUAAUUUAAAUUCUAUAAAAUGACGUGACUGUAGAAUUUGAAGAAAACACAAAUGAGCACUUAAAUGUUCCUAAGUGUGCAAAUAAGAAACCAUCUUCAGAACCUUCAUUCAAACUGUUUGUGGGUUUUCUGAAGAGUCUUCCUCUUUUGAACGGUUGGUUGGUGAAUGAGGCCCGACGAGUGUUGACACUACUGAGCUAAUCCUAAACUGACCUCACGUCGUCCUUCAGUGUGACAGCCAGUCUGUGUCUGUAAGUGACUUCAUGAAUGUUUGAUGUGAUUAAAGAAACUGUCUGAAAUA